AUGGCGGGCAUCUUCGGAGGAGCCAACCAGGCCGCCUCGAGUAACGCCAACCCUACCCAAGGCGAUCUCUCCAAAGACGUCCCCCUCUCCGCCCCUCCCGACGACAGCAUAUCCGCGAUUCGAUGGAGCCCCAAGUCGGAUCAUCUUGCAGUCGCGAGCUGGGACAAGAAAGUAAGAGUGUAUGAGAUUUCAGCAAAUGGAGAGAGCAAAGGAGUCGCAAUGUUUGAGCAUGAGGGUCCCGUUCUGGAUGUGUGUUGGAGCCCGGUAAGUCUAGGAUGCGCACGAACACAACUAUAAGGGAACGAAACUGAUGGACUUCUCAGGAUGGCACCAAGGUCUUUGGUGCGGGCGCAGACAAGGCCGUGCGUAUGCUUGACCUCGCAGCCAACCCCAAUGGUCCAGCGCAACAAGUAGCAGCGCACGACCAACCCAUCAAAUGCGUUGAGUCCUUCGAGGCUGGCGGCGCCACUAUGAUCGUGACUGGCAGCUGGGACAGGCAUAUCAAGUACUGGAACCUGCAGCAGCAGACGCCUGUCGGCUCUGUAGAAUGCAAGGAGCGUGUCUACGCUAUGUCGCUCCACCCACAAAGCCAAAUGCUCGUCGUUGGUACCGCUGAGCGCUGGAUCCAUGUCAUCAACUUGGCCAAUCCUAACACCUUCCACAAGACCAUGCAGUCGCCACUCAAGUGGCAGACACGCGUGGUCAGCUGCUUCACUGAUGGCACUGGCUUCGCGGUUGGCAGUAUCGAGGGUCGCUGCGCGAUCCAGUACGUCGAUGAGAAGGACUCCUCCAACAAUUUCUCGUUCAAGUGCCAUCGCCAGAAUUCGACCACGGACCGCAACACCAGCAAUGUCUAUGCUGUGAACGCCAUCAGCUUCCACCCUACCCAUGGCACAUUCAGCACCGCUGGUGCAGACGGCACUUUCCACUUCUGGGACAAGGACGCGAAGCACCGUCUGAAGGGAUACCCCGAGGUUGGCGGCACCAUCACUGCGACCGACUUCAGUUAUAACGGCAACAUCUUCGCAUACGCUAUCAGCUACGACUGGAGCAAGGGCUACAGCGCCAACAACGCGCAGUUACCGAACAAGAUCAUGCUUCACCCCAUCGUGGGAGACGAGUGUAAGCCUCGCCCGAAGCCUGCUAAGCGGUGA